AUGUCGGCGUCGGCGGCACCGGGCGCCAUCCCGUCCGUCCUCGCCCAUCCUCCAACCUUCGCUCCCGCGCCCUCGCCCGCACCCACCGCCCCUCUGGGGCAAGUGCGCUGCUCGCAGUGCAAGAAGGACAAGCCGCUCGACGAGUACCCGCUGCGGCUCAUCAACCUCAAGCCGUACCAGGUCUGCAACGCCCACGCGUGGUACUGGACCGCCGCCAAGCAGCACUCGCAGUGGGCACCAGCACGGUACACGGCGUUCCACCACGUGUGCGACGAGGUCCUCAUGGGCGGGCCGAGCGCGCAGGGCAAGUGGCUCGUCGAGGGCGCGUUCGAGGAUCGCUCGAGGUUCGUCGAGCAGGUCGCCGCAGCGGGCAACUGGACGGCCCAAGAACUCAUGACCCGCCCGACAAAGGCCAAGGGCGACGCCAUUCCUUCGCCGACCUGGGUCUACUCGCUCUCGCCGGCGAGCACUUCGACUGCGCCUGCGCCAGAGCUCCUCAAGCUCCAGCUGUGGCACCACGCGGCGGCGAGUGCCUUCACGAUCACGCUCAAGUCGGACGAUGCGGCGCAAGAGCCGGGACCCUGGGCCAAGAAGGGUCGCGUCCGGCGUUCGGUGGCCCAGCAGGCGCCGAGCGUCCCGCGAGCGGCGCUCACGCUCCCGCAGCCACCAUCGUCGUCCGCUUCGACGACGGCCUCGCCCGGUGCAGCUCUCGGCUCGACCGCCGCCACGCCGCCCGAGGACCGCAACCGCCAGCUCGCCACGUUCGCGGCUUUGGCCGACGCCGCCGGCGCCGCCGCCCGCGACCGCGACCGCGAGCAGAUGCCGCCGCCGCCCGUCCCGUCUGCGCGACCGGCCAAGAGGGCGCGGCGUGUCGAGCCGCAGCUCGUCUCGCCGACACCGACCUCGCUCGGCUCGAGCGGGCUCAUCACGCCGUUCUCGGCGGCGCACGCCGAGUGGUCGCACUUCCUGUCGUUCCCGACUCUCGUCCAGCAGCCCCAGAACGCGAGUGCGCCGCCAGCCCAGCAGCCGCAGCAAGCUCAGCAGCGCGACUUUCCCCUCGACCCUCUCCUCCUCUCGUCCCUCGUCCAGCCCUCGCCCUCGUCAACCUCCAUCCGCCACGCUCCCGCCGCACCCUCGCCGGCGCACAACUCUCGCCCUUUGUCGCUUGCCGAGCUCCUUUCCUCGGCCAUCUUCGAGCCCCCCAUCAUCGACCUCCCGCCUCGACCGCCACCGACGCACCAUGUGCGCGCGCACUCGCAUGCCCCGGCCCCACGUUCGGGCCGCGAGUUCGACGCCGCAGUCGCCGACGCGCUCGGAGCGACGCCCGACGCGCUCGACGGCGACGAAUCGGGCGAGGGCGACUCGGACGACGAGGGUCGGGGCUACUACGAGGACUCGAUCCCGGACGAGUCGUCGGCCGACGACGACGAGGAGGAGGAGGAGGGAGCCGAGGGAGCGGGCGACGGCGCAGACGGCGCGAGCGUGUCGAGCUUCUUCGAGUCGUCGGCCGAGGAGACCGACUACGGCUCGGACGACGAGAAUGCGCUCAGCGACGACGAGGGCGAGGACAACUGGCUCGAGGGCUUUGCGGCGCAGCAGAUGGGGCUCGGGCCGCGUCGAGGCGCCGAGCGUGGGCGGCAGGGCGCGUCCGAGGAGGACGAAGGCGACGACGAGCUGAGCGAGGGCGAGGGGCGCGUCGCGCAGCCUGCGCGGCCGACUCGUGCGUCGACGGCGGCGAGGAGGCGCGGUACACAGCAGGGUACGACGGCUGCCGGUGCGGCGGUGGACGAGGACGAGGUGGACGAGCUGGACAGUCCGUCGUCCGGCGGCGACGAGCGGUAG